GAUCGGAUCCAACGAUACCCGCACAAUAUGAGCACGUAUACGUCUACAUUUACGCGUAGGUAUGUACAUACUUAUACCUACCUACCUAGGUAUCUAUGCACAUAUGCAGAAUACAGUCGCAGGCUGGCGUCACCGCCUUUAUGAGUCGGACCCUCGAUCACCUAAGCAUGGUCCGACCUCGUCCACCUACUACCAUGCGCCUGUCAUGUAUACAAUCUAUAUCCUACACAUAUACUUGGCCAUCCUGGCUUGGCGCACGUCUACGUGAGGCUCUCUCUACGUACAUCCGUCCACGCCCAUCGUACUUCUCGGGUAUCCCGUCUUUAUUUUCUACUCUUUUUAUCCUCAUGUUUGAGUACCCAAGGCAUUUGAGUACCCAACCUACCUCUUCACUCGCCAUAGCACCCUCUCCUCCUCACCAGUCCUCAAUUUCUGACCUUGAUCUUGAUACCUACCUACGUCAUCCCCAUCCUGUCCUUCUCCUCGCCAAACCUGUAUGUAUAUAUGUAUGUGCGUGCACAUGCGGACCGAGAUCACGAAUGUCUCUUCAUCGAAUCCGAAUCUGCGACUCCCAUCACUGUCACUCACCAAUGGGAUGCCGAGCCGCUGCCGUUCCCGCCUCCGAGUUUCAGACACAUCCCGUCCUUGGGCGCAAACCACGUUUCGCUGCUUGACUCCUUGGAGACGGUAGUCUAUAGUGGCAGC